AUGCAUCUCCUUAAUCUAGAAUGUCUCAGAAAUCUGGAAGCAACAGUAACAACAUAUUUCGUUGUAAGUAGCGAAUGUAAAUGCGAUUCUAAUGCGCCGUUGAUAACGGUAUGGACAUAUGUGAAUUCAAGUCAUCGCUUUUAUGGUUGUGGUAUGUAUAAGAUACAGGGUUACAAGAAGUGUAACCACUUUAUUUGGUUGGACGAAGAAAUCAACCAUAUAGCAAAGGAAGUUAUCUCUACAUUAAUGCAUAAUUUAACUAAUGUGAAGCAAAAGGUUAAAGAUGUCAAUUUUAGAGAUGAGGAAAUGAAGAUGGAGAUGGAAAUUUUGAAGAAAUAG